AUGGGCGGACAUUUCUUGCAGGGACAGGUGGUUGAUACAGGGGAGAUCGUGGAAAUGAAGCCAGGGGGAGACUCUCUGUGGAUUAAGGCUCAUGACAGCAAACAUUUUGCUAAGUAUGUUGUGCCCAAAGGAUUUAUAGCUGCGGAUGUUACUGGUUUGACCAUGGUGGACGGGUUUGAUGAUGCAGAUUGUUCUUAUUUUAAACUUGCAGAGCAUACUCAGCAGGAAGUGAGCAUUCCUUUGAAGAAAGUUUGUAAAAAAGUGUGCUCUAUUGGAUAUGUUUCUUCAAUGAUUGGAGAUACUGUAAACUUCCCUUUGAAAGCAGCCUGA